AUGUCGCACCGCGGGUCUGCCCAGAUCCUGCUCCUCUCCAUUGUCUUGGCGGUGCUGAUAGCCACGGCAACCAGCGCGCGCAUAUCUGGCCCCAGCGACGGCAACACCAUCACCAACACAGAGGCGAGCAGCCAGCUCGGCACCGUCGGAAACAACAACGUCGGCGGCCGCAUCUCCCUCAACAACCAGCAAGCCCAGGGCACCUCGGUCCGCGGCCGCGGCAACACCGUCGAGCAGUCGCUCUCAGACACCCAGCGCGGCAGCAUCGGCGACAACACCCGCAACGCCCGCGUUGGCAUCGACACCCGGCAGUCCCAGAACACGGACGUUGUGGGCACCGGCAACGUGGCCAGGCAGUCGGCCUCAACCACCACCACCGCCCGCGUCGACGGCUGA